CUCCUCUCUGCCUGGUCGUUUGUGGCCCCACGAUGGAUCAACGCCUCUGUCGAAGCUGGACAUGCAUGGCCCGUUGGGUGCCGCGGGGCGAUACGGCAUACGUACUACUCCGUGUGACGUGCGUACGGCAACGAUUGCCUUGAUCAGAGCCACAAAGGCCGUCAUUGAUAAAAGGGGCGGCACCCCAAUCCCUUCGCUGUGCCGGUCAAGCACCGACCUGGAAUGUCGCACGCGCGCUGUAACCACGGCGUGCGUCGACCGGUCCAGCAAGCUUUCGUUAACCGAUCAGCUCCCCGGUCGAAGGACCCCAUCGCAUCGCACAUGCAUAUUAGGACGCACGGCGUUUCUUUUUCCGCGCAGUGUGACGUGCUGGUUCUUGACUUGGCAGGGAUGGGCCCGCAGCGGCUGACUGCAACAACUCUUCAUCGACAUUCACCGGCUCCUGCUGCUGCUGCCCACAUGCCCACCUCGCUGGUCUCGCCCUCGCUUGUUCCCUGAGACAUGCCUAUCAUCCUACCUAUCUCGUUGGGUGCGGCAAGCAUAGGGGAAGACAAUAGCCCUUCCUCCAUAGGCCAAUGCCGCCAUGCCGCCCUCACCCGAACCACCACCCCGGUCGGCUCUUGCAUGACGCCGUUGCCUGUUGCGGGAGAAGUGGUCCGCAGUAGCGGCAGUGAUCAUCACCAACUCAGCCCGCGGGCCGCACGCCUCAUUUGCCCUUUGGGACGCGCUCCUGGCGGGCAUGGGCCAUUCCUCGGCGCUGUAUCGUGGGCCUUGUGCUCACUUUCGACAACCCACGGGCCGGGGCACUGGGGAACAUGAGGCACCACGGGCACGGCACUGUCCGCCUUCUCUCUCGGACAGUGCAGGUUGCAGCAGACUGUGGCGUGAAUGUAACGCUGCGACUCGACGCCUUGCCUCGUCCAGGUUCCGUAUUACUCUGCCGUUCGCAUGUACGCAAAGACCAGGUACAUACAUAUAUUGUACAUGCGUGUAUGCGCCCUUCGACGAGUCGCAGAAGCUCUCCCCUCCCGCACUUGAAUCUCGCCGUCCCGUCAUUGCCCCUAGUUUUCAAGAGCCCAGUUUGUUGUACCGCAGGUCAUCGCAUCCCGGAAUACCCAUCCUGUCAAACUCGCAGGUCCGAGGUUGCUCUGGUCCUACGCACCACAACGAAGAGAGCACGGCAGCACAGCAUCGUCUCGCCUGGUGAGAGGAAGGAAGAGAGGGAGGUGUGUCCCGGCGUGCACGAGCAAGGGCAUAGUUAUAAACACGACAGGCCAUGGCGGGCAGGCUACUCGAUCCGAGCUCUGCGCUCGCGCGCGAGACCACCCUCGUAGCCUCGUACCACGACGGCGGCUCAGACUACCUCUCUGCCGGCGCCAUGAGCCCCAAGACGGCCCUGAGCACGGCGCGCGGCCGUGACAGAGGCCCGCGCAAGCUCAUUCUCUGCUUUGACGGCACGGGCAACAAGUUCCACGGCGACGAGAGCGACAGCAACAUUCUCAAGAUCUUUCGCAUGCUCGACCGCACUGCUGGAGACCAGUACCAUUAUUACCAACCUGGUAUCGGCACCUAUGUCGUGUCCGACUCGCUCACGCACACGGGCAUGCGAGCCCGCAUCAAAUCUUGGUACCAAAAGGCCAAGGACUCGGCCAUCGGGUCGUCCUUUGACCAGCAUGUCGUCGGCGGGUACCGCUUCCUUAUGCGCUUCUACAACCCGGGCGAUGAGAUCUACAUGUUUGGGUUCAGCCGCGGCGCCUAUAUCGCGCGCUUCCUCGCUGAGAUGCUCGAUCACAUCGGCCUGCUAUCCCACGGAAAUGAGGAGAUGGUCAAGUUUGCCUGGAAGGCCUUUGCGCAGUGGCAGUCACGGCGGCGAACGUCGGGACCCGAGUUUGACGCCUUGGAUGCGGAGCGCGAGGAGCGCGAGGAGACCGAGUCGGACAGGCAGGCUCACAAGAUGCACGAGUUCAUGAAGGGCUUUCGCGAGACCUUCUCGCGGCCCGUGGGAAGAAUCCGCUUUCUGGGCCUUUUCGACACCGUCAACUCGGUUCCAGAGUUUGAGAAUGCGUGGAUGCAACGCAGCAAGUUCCCGUACACGGCCCGCAGCAGCGCCAAGGUGAUCCGACACGCCGUGAGCAUCGACGAGCGGCGGGCCAAGUUCCGACAGGACCUGAUGUACCAGAAGCACCCCAAGACCAAGAAGCCCCGCCAUCACCAUCAUCUGCACAUGGACCAGUUCCUGGACCCGUUUCGCAGAAGCAUUGAGGCACACCGACCGGGGUCAUCUCGUGCGUUGCACACCGCCUCGACGACAGAAAAUUCAGCUGUUGAGCCGGCAACGACAGACGAGCCUGACACGGGGCGCGAGAGAGCGGCCAGCGCAGCGUUCCUCGCCCCUGAUCAAGACAAUGAGCGUCGCAACGUACGACAGAGGAGACAGUCAAUGGUCCAGGCCCGCUACGCGCCGUAUCGCCCCCGAUCGCGGUCCCGCCAGCGCGGCCCUGAUGGCGACGACCAGUCGUGCGCAUCAGGCGCGCCUUCCGAAGACGACUGCGAAGAGGACGAGCAGAGCAAGGACAUUGACGAGGUGUGGUUCGCGGGCGGCCACGGCGAUAUUGGAGGUGGCUGGGAUGCUCUCGACGAGCGCAAAAGCGCGAGUCACGUGCCCCUGGCAUGGAUGGUGAGAGAAGCCAUGAAGGCUGGCUUACCGUUCGACAUGGACAAGGUAGCCAGCAUGGGCUGUAUGAGUGACAGCUUCGUCAACCGCUAUAGCCCACAGAUCGGGAAGCAGACUGGCAUACAGAAGCCCGAUAUUCGCGUUCAGGACGAGACCAACGGCGUCGGGGACGGCAUGCCGGCGAGCCCGGACACGAUCAACGGCCAGGACCACGCGCCGGACGGGGCUGACGAGACGAUGCCACGGUCGACCUUCCACGAUUUGAUGCACAAGGCGCACACGUCACGCAUCCACGACUCGCUCGUGUACGGCGGCGGGCUGGGCAUGAUCGCGGUGACCGCAUGGAACUUUAUGGAGUGGCUGCCGUUCCGGCGCAUGGACCUGCAGGGCGACGGGUCUUGGAAGCCGAUCCGCUGGCCCCUCCCGCGCGGCGAGGUGCGCGACAUCCCGGACAACGUGCGCAUCCAUGGCAGUGUCAUCCGCAGGCUCAAGGAGGACGAGACCUACCGGCCCGGGAACCUCAUCAUCGGCGGAGGCGGGAGGGGCGUGAGGCGCGCGCCGCCCGAGUACGGCAUCGGCGAGUGGAAGUGUGUCGCUGAGCACGGGGAUCCGAUUGGCGAGAUUUGGAUGAGGAAGCACAAGCCCGGGGAGAGAAAUGGAAAUUGAGACUGUAAUGGGUGAUGUGUUGUUUUAUUCUCGAAAAGUCGUAUCCCUUAAUUAAUGAC